GGGACCUCUGCCUGGUCGGUGUGAGGUGCGUCGCCACCGCCGCCUGCGGUUUUCGAGACCCCCGAACCCCCGCCGCCGCCCGGAGCCCUUAGCCCUUGGCAGCCUGUCGCCGCCGCCGGGCGGGCUCGCGCGCGCGUCCGGUGAAGGUGCAGGCCCGGCGCCGCCGCUGCCGCAGCUGGGAAAUGGUUCGGGCCUAGCGGAGCCGGGACUGGAGCAACAUGAACCGUGAAGACCGGAAUGUGCUGCGUAUGAAAGAACGGGAAAGGCGGAAUCAGGAAAUUCAGCAGGGCGAAGACGCCUUCCCACCUAGCUCUCCUCUCUUUGCUGAGCCAUACAAAGUUACUAGCAAAGAAGAUAAGCUAUCAAGUCGUAUUCAGAGUAUGCUGGGAAACUACGAUGAGAUGAAGGAUUUCAUAGGAGACAGAUCUAUACCAAAGCUUGUGGCAAUUCCUAAGCCUACAGUACCACCAACAGCAGAUGAAAAAUCCAACCCAAAUUUCUUUGAACAGAGACAUGGGAGCUCUCAUCAGAGUAGUAAAUGGACUCCAGUAGGACCAGCACCCAGCACUUCUCAGUCUCAGAAACGGUCCUCGAGCUUACAGAGUGGACACAGUAGCCAGCGGACCAGUACAGGUGGGAGUGGUGGUGCUAAUAGUAGUGGCCAGAGGCAUGACCGUGACUCAUACAGCAGUAGUGGAAGCAGUAGCCGGAAAAAAGGCCAGCAUGGAUCAGAACACUCCAAAUCACGCUCUUCCAGCCCUGGGAAAUCCCAGGCUGUUUCUUCUUUAAGCUCUAGUCAUUCCAGGUCUCAUGGGAAUGAUCACCAUAGCAAGGAACAUCAGCGUUCCAAAUCACCUCGGGACCCUGAUGCAAACUGGGAUUCUCCUUCCCGUGUACCUUUUUCAAGUGGGCAGCACUCAAAUCAAUCUUUCCCACCUUCACUGAUGUCAAAGUCGAGUUCAAUGUUACAGAAACCCACUGCCUAUGUGCGACCCAUGGACGGACAGGAGUCCAUGGAACCAAAGCUGUCCUCUGAGCACUACAGCAGCCAAUCCCAUGGCAAUAGCAUGACUGAACUGAAGCCCAGUAGCAAAGCACAUCUCACCAAGCUGAAAAUACCUUCCCAACCUUUGGAUGCAUCUGCUUCUGGUGAUGUGAGUUGUGUGGAUGAAAUUCUUAAAGAGAUGACGCAUUCAUGGCCUCCCCCUCUAACGGCUAUUCAUACACCUUGCAAAACAGAACCUUCCAAAUUUCCUUUUCCAACUAAGGAAUCUCAGCAGUCCAAUUUUGGCCCUGGAGAACAAAAAAGAUAUAAUUCUUCUAAAACUUCAAAUGGGCACCAGUCUAAAUCUAUGUUAAAAGAUGACUUAAAACUAAGCAGCAGUGAAGACAGUGAUGGAGAACAGGACUGUGAUAAGACAAUGCCAAGGAGCACACCAGGAAGUAACUCUGAACCUUCACACCAUAACAGCGAAGGAGCAGAUAACUCUAGGGAUGAUUCUAGCAGCCACAGUGGAUCUGAAAGCAGCUCUGGAUCUGACUCAGAGAGUGAAAGUAGUUCUAGUGACAGCGAGGCAAAUGAGCCAUCCCAGAGUGCAUCUCCUGAGCCUGAACCACCACCAACAAACAAAUGGCAACUGGAUAAUUGGUUGAAUAAAGUGAACCCACAUAAAGUGUCACCAGCUUCCUCUGUGGACAGUAACAUCCCGUCAUCUCAAGGCUAUAAAAAGGAAGGCCGAGAACAGGCCACUGGAAACAGCUACACUGAUCCAGGAGGACCUAAAGAAACAAGUUCUGCUACUCCUGUACGAGACUCCAAAACCAUCCAAAAGGGAUCAGAAAGUGGGCGGGGGAGGCAGAAGUCCCCUGCACAGAGUGACAGCACAACACAGAGGAGAACUGUGGGCAAAAAACAACCCAAAAAGACUGAGAAGGCAGCUGCUGAAGAGCCCCGUGGAGGCCUGAAGAUAGAAAGUGAAACCCCCGUAGACAUGGCUGCCAGCAUGCCUUCCAGCAGACACAAAGCAGCCACCAAAGGCUCAAGGAAACCCAAUAUAAAAAAGGAAUCCAAAUUGUCCCCCCGACCUUCAGCAGAGAAAAAGAAAUACAAGUCAACAAGUAAAUCUUCCCAGAAAUCAAGGGAAAUCAUAGAAACAGAUACCUCAUCCUCAGAUUCGGAUGAAAGUGAGAGCCUUCCUCCCUCCUCACAAACUCCUAAGUACCCUGAGAGUAAUAGGACUCCUGUUAAACCCUCCUCGGUGGAGGAAGAGGAUAGCUUUUUCCGGCAGCGAAUGUUCUCUCCUAUGGAAGAGAAGGAACUUCUUUCACCCCUCAGUGAGCCUGAUGACAGGUUUCCACUUAUUGUGAAAAUUGACCUGAAUCUUUUGACUAGAAUACCAGGGAAGCCUUACAAAGAAACAGAACCGCCCAAGGGAGAAAAGAAAAAUGUGCCAGAAAAGCACACAAGAGAGGCUCAGAAACAAGCCUCAGAAAAAGUUUCCAACAAAGGCAAGAGGAAACACAAGAAUGAAGAUGAUAACAAAGCCAAUGAGAGCAAAAAACUCAAAAUGGAGGACAAGAAUUCGGCAGGUCACAAGCCAUCCAGCAAUAGAGAGUCAUCUAAGCAAAGUGGUACAAAAGAAAAGGAUUUGUUGCCUUCUCCUGCUGGACCUGUUGCUUCAAAAGACCCAAAAACAGAGCAUGGCUCUCGGAAGAGGACUAUUAGUCAGUCUUCUUCCUUGAAGUCAAGUAAUAACAGCAGUAAGGAGAAUAGUGGCAGCAGCAAAAACAGUUCCUCCACAUCAAAGCAGAAGAAGACUGAAGGGAAGACUUCCAGUAGCUCUAAGGAGGUCAAGGAAAAGGCUCCAAAUAGCUCCUCUAACUGCCCUCCAUCUACGCCAACUCCUGAUGCUUCUAAGCCUCGGAGAACAAAGCUUGUCUUUGAUGACAGAAAUUAUUCAGCAGACCAUUAUUUACAAGAAGCAAAAAAGCUAAAGCACAAUGCAGAUGCUUUGUCUGACAGGUUUGAGAAGGCCAUAUACUAUCUCGAUGCAGUGGUAUCUUUCAUCGAAUGUGGGAAUGCAUUAGAGAAAAAUGCUCAGGAAUCCAAGUCCCCAUUCCUUAUGUAUUCAGAGACAGUGGAUCUCAUAAAAUACACUAUGAAGCUAAAGAAUUACUUGGCACCAGAUGCUACAGCUGCAGAUAAAAGACUCACGGUACUUUGCCUGCGAUGCCAGUCUUUGCUAUACCUGAGGCUCUUCAAACUGAAGAAGGAAAAUGCUCUGAAGUACUCAAAGACACUGACAGAGCACCUGAAGAAUUCUUAUAAUAAUUCUCAAGCACCAUCACCUGGCUUGGGAAGCAAAGCUGUUGGGAUGCCUUCACCUGUUUCUCCAAAGCUGUCGCCAGGCAAUUCAGGAAGUUACUCUUCUGGGGCCACCAGUGCUUCCGCAAGUGGUUCUUCAGUGACCAUUCCACAGAAGAUCCACCAGAUGGCAGCCAGCUAUGUUCAGGUUACAUCCAACUUCCUCUAUGCUACCGAAAUUUGGGACCAAGCUGAACAGCUUUCCAAAGAGCAAAAAGAAUUCUUUGCUGAACUGGAUAAAGUAAUGGGUCCUCUCAUCUUUAACACAAGCAUCAUGACAGACCUAGUUCGGUAUACCCGGCAGGGACUACACUGGCUGCGCCAAGAUGCCAAGUUGAUAUCUUGAACUGAACAUAUUCUCGUUGCCUCUGAUUUUCUCCACAACACUGUGUCACAUCACGAAGGAAAACUGCCAUAACAUGCCACCUAGUCGACACUAAGAAUGAGGAAUGGUUUUCUCCUCCCUGGUUUAUGUGGUGUUGUUUUUUAUAAUCCAGAGCCAUGUCAGUUGAUCCCUUCAAUAUUCCCAAGACGUAAAAUGAUUUCAGCGCUUUUAAAUUUGCAGCACAUUGAUAAGGUGGUUUCAGUGAUCUAUAAUGAGAUUGAAAUUCCAUUUGGAAUUUAUGAUUCAUCAGUUGAAGUUCUAUUUAUUUUAAUUUUUUUUAAGUCCCCAGUUUGGGGCUAGUUUAAAACUUAGUUAUUUCUGCCUAAUAAUUUGCUCCAUUGGAUAUUUAGCAUAAAUUUAAUGUAGGCAUUUUUAUUUAUAUACUUUGGGAGAUUUGUUACCUAAUAAUAUCUUUUUGUGGUAGCUCUUCUAAGAGCAAGAGUUGGUUCAUCUAAAAUAUGGACAUGUUCUUUCUGCACCUACUACCUGCUGUUAUUUCAGAUCUUAGCUACAUUUUUAUUAUUGCAGAAUUUAUACUUAGUAUUAAGGAUAUUCUACACAUGAACAAUAUGAGAAGAUGGCAUUCUACAUGGAUGUAAAAUGAAAUGUGUCUGAAUGGGUAUUCAUUAUUUCAAGAACUGUGAAUGGGUUAACACUAGCGAUCACAAGGUGACUAUAACUUGCAUUUAAUGUAUUACAAAAGAAGGCAGGCAGACUUUCUAGAAGCAUGUGGGACGGGUUUCGGAAAAGGACAAUCUUGAACUUUAUGGAUUUUAUUCAUACCAUGUGUUCUUUUUUGUUGCUAAUAAUUUGAUACUUCAUUGAAACAGUGAGUUACUGUUGAACAAAGGCUGAUCCAGCUCCUGAGUGUUGCUGCCCGUAUCUCUUUCAUUGAUGAUAUUUGAAGGGUAAAGUCACUCUUCAUAAGUCUUACCUGAAAAAUCUUUCCCCACACUAGAUUGUGGUGCUCUGAUAGGAGCAUGCUGUGAUCCACAUAGGGGUGGAUGGACUGGAGCUUUGAUGUGUGUGCUUUGCUAUACAACUUGCAGUUCUAAUGCCUGACAUGGAGAGGAUGAAAUUCUCCUUUUAAACCUAUCUUGUCUUUACUCACUUUUACUAUGAAGGCCCUCAUCAAUGAUGAGAUCAGAGAGUUCACACUAAAAAGUACCUAACUGGGUUUAUUGUGAGCUCUCUUGGGAAGGAGAGGGGAGCCGACCUGGAGCUUAAGAAGCCAGCUCUGUAAGACUUGUAUAUCAAAGCACCUUUCCCUAUAAAGGUACAUAGAGGAAUCAACGAUGAGAAAUGUACCUUCUGCUUUUGUUUUUAGUGCCCCUAUCAUGUCUGGUGUGCCUUAAACCUUAACCUCUAAAUGAAGACCCUGUGGAGUGUUUACAGAUAAAGUUUUACACUAGGACCAGACCACCCAUACCAUUGGUCUUCUGCAGUAAUAGUGCUAAAAUUCUCUUUCCUUUUCAGUCUUCCUUUAGGGUCCCAUAAAAAUAAUUCAGAAAAGCUAAUUCUUUGAUACAUGACUUAGUCUAACGUGUUGGGUAAUGCUGCUUCAAAUAAGAGUUUGCCCUUGUCCCCCCAUUCCAAAAGUGAAUCAAGCCAGCCACAAAAAAAGAAUUGCCCUGCUAUUUGUAGAUGAUUGCUGAGGCUUGAAAUGGGAGAGGAGGGAUAGAAUAUCUCCAAGCCCAGUGGUACAGUGAAUCUUCUGUGUUUGAGACUCUUUCUCAUUUCUGAAGCUAGUGAACUUUCAUUGUCCUGUCCUCCUAUUUAUAGAGCUUCUUAACUGUCUUCUACUGCAGGUUGUUUUUAUGAAUCAUUAAAGAUUAGAAUCUGCAAAUUAUGUUGAAUUUAACCUUUUCCCUUGGAUAAAUUGCCUCUGAUAUUGUUCUAACUUAAUCUUACUGUAUUUUAGGAACAGGUUUCCUUAAGAGGACAACUUCUCAGUGUUCAUAGUAAUUAUUCAGUUAGAAACUUGCCACUGUUAAUCAAGUAGGUGUAUGUCCUAUGCAUCUCUGAUUUCUCUGACUCUGAUUUCUUAAUUUGCAGUGAUAUCUUAGAAAUGGGAAAAGUAUCCUCUGAGCUUUUAGACCUUCAGCAGCACUAGCCAGUGGGGUGCCUCUGAGUUCUAGCAUGCUCCCUGAAAGGCAGCAGGGGCAUUUCUGGGGUCACACUGACAAUUUGUUAAAGCAGAGUUGCGGGCAUGUCUUACGGUGCUGCUCUGAGAUAUUCUCUCUAUAUAACUGUGCUACUUCUUGGAGAAUGAAAUUUUUCAAGCUUUUCAGUAUGGAAGGUUUUUCCCACUAGGUGGUGGUGGGCAAUGGAUCAAAAUCCUAUCCUAAAUAAUUGAAUUCUUAAUGUAAUAGUCUAUGAAAACACCACUCCUCAGAAGUUCUGUCUGUGUCUUCAUCUGCUCCAGCAUAUACUUGGGACUCCUUUACAAGUGACCAUUCCUCCUUCCUCAGUAGGUGUCUUCGAUGUACUCUGUUUAAAACUGAAUUUGACGAGUGGCUAAAAACUUACUUCUUCUGAGACUUGUACUUAAUAUAUAGUUAAUUAUAAAAGUAGCAACUAUUUAACAAAUUACUCUGUUGACUGCUCUUUAAAACCACACUUGUAUGCCAGGAGGCAGUAGCCUAUACCAUUGGACUCUUUACAGGCAACAAACCAGUAGAUGGCUAUGGGUAAAGUUGUCACAUGGUAGACCAGCCCAGGCCCAAACUCUAGCUGGGGAGCAUUCUGCCCAUUUCUUGGGCAAGUAACCAAGAACUGACUUCCUAAGCAAUGAGUACUUCAGAUAAAUUUACAGCUCUUGUUGCUGAAAAGUGGAGAAAGUUGACCAUCACUAAUUCUCCAGUGUAAAAGCAAUCUAGAGUAAUGUGUGCACGUGCCCACAUGUGCCUGUGCUCUGGGGAGCUCUUGCACUGAUGGAUCCAUAGGCAUCCGGGCUGCACUUUGAAUGACACACUUUGUGGCUUUAUUAGAUUCACUAUUGUUGUUUUUUUAAAUUGUUGUUUGUUUCUUUUCAUUAAAGAAAAGUUUGAUCAGCUAGAUCAGACAGCAUCAUUUUGUAUUUUGUAUACAGAAACUUUGGAAAAUUACCUUUAUUGAAUAAGCUUGUAUUGUGAAGGAAGAACCUACAAAAGGCACCUGUUCUAUGUGAAGUUCUGGUUGUGUAGGCCAGCAACACUCUUUGGAGUUUCAGAGUAGCCAGUGGUUGCUCUAGUUAGUGAUGCCUGGUUGUGUAAGAGGAGAGGUACGCUGUGCACUCUUCCAAGUGUGAGGGUAUGCAACUUUGGAUUUAAAAUUAUGUACACAUACACACUUUAUAUAUAUGUAUGUAUGUAUGAAAACAUGAAAUUAGUCUGUCAAAAAAUGUGUGUGUUUAGUAUUUUAGCUUAGUGCAACUAUUUCCACAUUAUUUAUUAAAUUGAUCUAAGACACUUUCUUGUUGACACCUUGAAUAUUAAUGUUCAAGGGUGCAAUGUGUAUUCCUUUUAGAUUGUUAAAGCUUAAUUACUAUGAUUUGUGGUAAAUUAACUUUUAAAAUAUAUUUGAGCCCUUCUAGUAUAAUAGGGCUCUUACAGGGUGGGAAGGAUUUUAAUUUUCCAGUUGUUCAUUGAACAAAGUGGCCUCAUUAGUAUUUUGAUUCACAGGCAUUUGCCUCUGGGCCCCAGACCAGCUCUGGGAAGGCUGUGGGGGCACACGAGGGUGGUGGUGGUGGUGUUGGAGUGAAUUGGGAAGCAAAGCAUUUCAGAUCCAUAUAGGCGCCUGUAGAUCACAUUGCCUAAUUACAUGGAACCCAGAUUUCAUUUCAAUUUAAUGUGUCAUUGUGUUGGGCAGACUUUUUUCCAAUAAUAAAAUAAUAUUGUCCAUCUGAGGUUGCUGUUCAGUAUAAAUAUUGAAUGACUUGGAAUUUGUUGUGGCAAGAAGCCAAAUUGGUCAUAUUUGUGAGCCUGUCUUUCACAUACUCACUAAUGGAGAAAUUCGUUCAUACCCCCAGACCUUAGAAUCAAACUGGCAAGUGACAGGAAGUAGUUGGUAAAGCAGAUGCUGAUUCUAUUCACUUGAAUCCUGUGGUUAAUUUAAAAGAACUACUGUCUCCAGAAAAAUGAAUGGAAUGAAUAUCUAAAUCUCUUAUUUUCUAUGGAAUUUGGUCACAGAAUAGUCAUUAAAGUUAAGUCUAACCAAGUCUUAGAGAUGUUAAGCAUCAUCAAAUAGCAGCCCAAAGCAGCCACCUUGUCACAAGGCUCAGUGAGGGAAUGCCAGCUUUUCUCCUGCUGCUGUCAUUAUUCAGCAAAGCAUUAAUUGCUGCUCUUAAAAAGAAACCAACAAGAAAGCUAAAUGAGCACGGAAAAAAGCUCCCACCCAGGAAUUCUAGUUAAUACUCAGUUCUCACCACCUACUGCUUUCACAUGGGGUUUCUUUUCAGAUUUUAAUCAUUGGAAUUUUCUCCUAUUAUGUUUCUCUCUGGAAGAUACCUGUUUGGAAACACUGCCAUUCAAAUCAGUGCCAUGAUUAUCUAUACUGUUGAGUUUGUUGUUCAAGAAGUGUCCCCUUUUUACAACUUUAUGCACAAGCCUGGCAAGCCACUGACCUGAGCAUUCAACAGUGCUUGGGGCGGGGUGGGGUGGGGCUCACCAACGAGGCUGGCGCAGUUGGCAGUGCCUGAAGAGGCACCACCUUUGAGGACCAGACGUGGGGUUGGUAAGCGUGGUUAUGAAAAUUUCUGUCUAGCAUCUGUUUGGAAUGGUUUUAAGAAAUUUUGUAUGUGGAGGAUGGAAAUGCUUAUAUAUUUAUUGAAUAGUUUUAUCUUAUUUGAAGGUAAAAUUAAUUGGUUAAAAAUGGUUUGAUAUUUGGGGAGGGUUUUAAAGGGGAAGUAACACCACUGAUAAAUUAAAAGCCUUGUUAUUUUGCAGAAAGGUACUGUUAGUGUCUGAUAGGAUGUCUUUGUUUUGUACAUGAUUCAAAUCUUUGUUUCACAUUUCUUUUAUCCAAAAUAUUUAGGCAUCUGACAUUUGCAACCAAAAUUUCAAUUGAAUACUGUGAUUUUUACUUGUUGCAAUACAUUAAAAUUUCAGAGGUACUUUGGGGCUCAAAAGCUAGGAUUUCUAAGUCAGUAUGUGCAUUUCACAUAAGCUGUUCAUGGUGAGCAAAGUAUUAUAUACUAACUAGAUUUUUCCACAUCUGUAUAGUAUAUUAUAUGUAUUUUGUGGUAUUGAGAUUAUAGAAAGUUUAGACUGUCAAACAUGCGUUUAAUGUGUAUUUUUAAACAAAUUUAUGGCAAUUAAAAUAUUUGGAGACAAGGGUAUCACAUUUCAAUUUGUAAAAAUCUUUUUAACUCUACUGUGUCAUUAAGAUGCUUUGUAUAAUGCCAAACCAUAGCUGGAGAAACUAAAUUUAAUAAAUAUCAAAUAGAUUUUCUGUAUUAAAGUCGAUAAACACUGUG